CUCCGGGCGGGCCGGGGUCGGGCCGGGGUCGGGCCGUGCUGUCCCGGGACUAGGCGCUUGUUUACGCGGCCGCUCUCGGAAAGCUUUUCUGCGAAGUGCCGCAAGGCAGGAACAGGACGCGCUCCCCCUCCCGCGGCGGGGGGCGUCUGCUGCACAUAUAGCGCUGUGCUCGCCGCCGCGGCCCGGAGUGCUGCGGCGGCUGUGACCCAGGCGGAGGGCUGGCCCGUGUGGUACCGGCACAGCCCAGGGUCGGACAUCGCUGAGGAAGGAGUACUUAUAAGUAAGACCAGUCCUUGGCAACCAUUACUCAGUAAAACAUUACAGAUUUGCAUAUUAUUACAUAUGUGACCAUGAUAAACAUAUUAUACCUGUUGCCAGAAAUAGAAAGUGCAAGAAAGGAACUAUGAUCAGCAAAGGAACUAUGAUCGGCAAAGGAGCUAUGAAGCAAAACACUUUGGUAUAACAAAUACAUUUGCAGCCGUGACUUUUUAUACUACAGAGUUGCUAAACUUUUGACUUCUUCUUUCAAAGGACUUACAAAAGUGAACAGUCACAUGUCACGAAUUAAGAGGACCGUAGAAUCUGUUUCAAAGGCAGUGUCUGGCGCUCACAGUGAACUGGUUUCAAGGAUAGCUCGAUUGAAGUCACACUCGGGUACGCUGGGAAAAGCAAAGAAAAAUAAUGGAGAGGCAAGUCUAGAAAAUGAUACGGAAGUCACAGAUGCCAGAACGCAGGAGGACUGCAACAGAGGCCCAGCUGCAGGGAAAUCCAGUUGUGCAAAUGGAAACUUGGAGUCUAUGUUAAUAAGUUCAGGUGGUGCUUACCAAGAUACUCUGAAAGAUUCAGCAUCUGCUAGAAGCAACCUUUUUCAUAUAAGCUGCUUUUCUACAAGUUUUGGAGAGACUUACAACUUAAUAGCUGAUCAUAUCAACUGGUACUUUAGUAGUAAUCCUGUUAUGGAUCAAGAGAGAAAAAGGAAUGCUGUAUUACAGGACUCUCAGAGUGAAGAGAGGAAUAAGCUUCAUUCAUCAGAAGACACUGCAGUGAGUGAAGAAAGGACGAUGGAUUCAGCAGCUACUUUAGCUCCUGAAGCAGAGACUCUAGGUGCUGAAAAGCCAAGUACUGCUCUUCCAGUUUCCACUAAAAAAACUAUUGCAAACUUUCUUUCACGUCCCAGUAACAGUGUACAAGCUUUUGUGGAUAGUUACAUUGGUGGGUUUGUUCCCAAGUUAAGAUCCGAUACAAAGGCACUUUCACAAGAAAAGACUAAACACACAGAACAGGAAGUGUCUGAGAAGGGUGAGGAGGACAAAACAAAAGAGGCUAAGGCUGCAGAAGAGAAGGAAAAGCGUCUGUCUUUUCAGAGAGAAAAGAUUAUUGCAAGAGUGAGUAUUGAUAACAGGACUCGAACUUUAGUGCAAGCACUACAAAGAUCCUCUAAUCGAAGAGUCUGUAUCAGCAGGGUUGAAGAACUGACCUAUCACCUUCUAGAGUUCCCAGAGAGCAGAGGAGUUGCAAUUAAGGAAAAAAUAAUCCCAUGCCUACUGAGACUAAGACAGGCAAAUGACGAAAGUCUUCAGGCUGCUGUUAGAGAGACUUUAGCUAUAAUUGGAUAUACAGACCCUGUGAAAGGCUGGGGUAUUCGAAUCCUCACUAUUGAUGGAGGAGGAACAAGGGGUUUAGUUGCACUUCAGACUCUACGGAAACUCGAAGAACUAACUGGAAAGCCGGUUCAUCAACUUUUUGACUACAUCUGUGGUGUAAGCACAGGAGCUAUAUUAGCUUUUAUGUUGGGAUUGUUCCAUAUCCCUCUGGAUGACUGCGAAGAACUAUAUCGCAAGUUAGGAUCAGAUGUUUUUAAGCAGAAUGUCAUUGUUGGAACAGUCAAAAUGGGUUGGAGCCACGCCUUUUAUGACAGUGAUAUAUGGGAAAAAAUACUCAAAGAAAGAAUGGGGUCAAAUCUCCUGAUUGAAACUGCAAGAAAUUCCAAAUGUCCAAAGGUAUCUGCUGUAAGCACCAUUGUAAACAGAGGAACACCACUAAAAGCAUUUGUUUUUAGAAACUACAACCACUUUCCUGGUGUUAAGUCUCAUUAUAUGGGAGGCUGUCAGUAUAAACUGUGGCAGGCCAUUAGAGCAUCAUCUGCUGCACCGGGUUACUUUCAAGAAUAUGCUUUGGGCAACUAUCUUCAUCAGGAUGGAGGUCUGCUGCUAAAUAAUCCUUCUGCACUGGCAGUUCAUGAGUGCAAGUGUCUUUGGCCAGGUGUUCCACUGCAGUGUCUAAUAUCACUGGGCACUGGUCGAUACGAAAGUGAAGGAAAGACCAACGUCACAUACACCAGUCUGAAAGCCAAACUCACGAAUGUCAUCAGCAGUGCAACCGACACAGAAGAAGUUCACACCAUGCUGGAUGCACUGUUACCUGCUGAUACUUAUUUCAGAUUUAACCCUCUUAUGAAUGAAGAUAUACCUCUAGAUGAAAGUCGUAAAGAGAAACUCAACCAGCUGCAGACAGAUGGGAUUCGAUAUUUAGAACGAAAUGAAGAAAAACUGAAAAAAGCUGCAAAAGUAUUAAUGCAAGAAAAAACAGUUUUGCAGAAACUUCAGGACUGGAUGCGGUUAAAGACUGACAUGUACGAAGGCCUUUCAUUUCCUUCCAAAUUGUGACUAUGUAAUGCAUGAAAGAUAAUAAAUGUAAAUGUCAUUCCAGAAAAAUCCAUUCAGUACUGUAAAGGUAUUUACAGGGGGUAAAUAACAUCUUUGGAAAGCUCUCAGAGUUCUGGAGAAAGCAAUUCCGGAUGGCUGGUUUGUGCACACUUGCUUGAUUCAAGGUUUUAUGAUGUUAAUUUUUUUUUUGACCUUUACAGAUCUUACUGUUGAUCUGGAGUUUCUUAAAAGUCAGUAAAACUUAAAAUUGUGGAAAACAGUUGUCACACAUUUUUUGAUGUAUGUACCAUAAUUAUGGUGGCAGUAAAUCUGUGUUUAUCAACUAUCGGACUUAUUAAAAACUAACAAGAA